CUUAAAAACUGUAGUUUAAAUCUGACUUGAUGGUUAACACAUGUCUGUUUGUUGUUACUAGGUGUAAAUGGAGUCCCAGUACCUGAAGAGAUGCCUGGGAAGUUGCUUAAUAAGGGGACUGGCCGAAGUUGUAGAGCAUCGGCCAGCAGACCCAAUAGAGUACCUGGCACAUUGGAUUUAUAAUUACAGGAGAAUCUUAGAUGAAGAACAAAAGAGAAAGUUGGAGAGGGCUGAGCUGGAACAAGAACGGGAGGCAGCCCUAGCAGAAGUCAAAAUGCUAGAAAAAAUGAAAGAAGAGGAACUUCUAAUCCAGCAGAAACUCGAAGAACAACGUCAGGAACAGUUGCAACGAGAGCGUGAGGAAUUGGAACUGCAGAGGAUAGAAAAAGAGAAAGCAGAGAAAUGGCUGUUGCAUCAGAAAAAUCAAGAGGAGCAAGAAAAGACAAUAGCUGAACUAACAGAUAGAUUCGGAGCACCUAAUCUGACCCGAGUUGAGGAGCUGGAUGAGAAUGGACAGUAUGAUAAGAUAUAAGGUAUUCAAAUGUCUUAAUGGGAAUU